UUUUUCGGACUUAGCUUGUUACACAACUGCAUCUUUCUUCAUUCUGCCCACAGCUCUUCGCCGGCGUUUUACUCUAACAUAAUUUUAACUUUGUUUUUAAAAAGUAAGGUCGUUGGAAAUGAGUGGGGACAAUGCCCACAACCAUUCCCAGCUCGAUUCUGGAUCCAGGUAUAAUGAUUCUCACAAACACAAAGAGAAGAAUAAGGACAAAGAACAUAAACACAAGGAUCAUAAGAAGGACAAAGAGCGUGAGAAAUCAAAGCACGGCAACAGCGAGCAUAAGGACUUCUCAGACAAGAAACACCGAGACAAAGACAAGCUGAAACACAAAGAUGGCUCCUCUGACAAACCACGAGACAAAGACAAAUACAAGGACAAAGAAAAGAGGAAAGAUGAGAAGAAGUCCUUGGAAGGCAAAAUCAAGAAGGAAAAUGGCUUUGCCAGCCCUCCUCGUAUCAAAUCUGAACCAGACGGCGAAGAUUUCUACCACUCUCCCAAGUCCCUGAAGCGCGAACGUGACGAUGAUGAAUCUGACUACAAGCCCAAAAAAAUCAAAGUAGAAAAUGAUAGAGAGGACAAAAAGGUAAAGAAAAGGAAACAGGAGGAAGUCGAGGACAUCAAGCCCAAAAAGAAGACCAAAAACAAGAAGGGAGAAGUUGCGGACGGGAAGAAGAAAGCAAAGAAAGAACCGGAGGAGAAGUGGAAGUGGUGGGAGGAGGAGAGGUCCACAGAUGGUUCGAAGUGGAAGUUUCUGGAACACAAAGGGCCGGUGUUUGCGGCUCCUUACGAUCCUCUCCCCAGCAACGUCAAGUUCUAUUAUGAUGGCAAGCCAAUGAAGCUCAGUACUGACGCUGAGGAAACGGCUACCUUCUUUUCUAAAAUGCUGGAGCACGAUUACACCACCAAGGACAUCUUCCGGAAAAACUUUUUCAAAGACUGGAGAAAGGAAAUGACAUCAGAGGAGAAGGCCAAGAUCACAGAUCUGAACAAGUGCAACUUCACAGAAAUGUACGAGUACUUCAAGGCUCAGUCGGAAGCCAGAAAGCAAAUGUCUAAAGCGGAGAAACUGAAAAUCAAAGAGGAGAACGAGCGCAUCCUGCAGGAGUACGGCUUCUGCAUCAUGGACAACCACCGCGAGCGCAUCGCCAACUUCCGCAUCGAGCCGCCGGGCCUGUUCCGCGGUCGCGGGGACCACCCCAAGAUGGGCAUGCUUAAGCGCCGUAUCCGCACCCAGGAUGUCAUCAUCAACUGCAGCAAAGACUCCAAGCACCCCAAGCCUCCGCCUGGCACCAAGUGGAAGGAGGUUCGCCAUGACAACAAAGUGACAUGGCUGGUGUCGUGGACUGAGAACAUCCAGGGAUCCAUCAAGUACAUCAUGCUCAACCCCAGCUCCAGAAUCAAGGGUGAGAAGGAUUGGCAGAAGUACGAGACAGCCCGGCGGUUGAAGAAGAUCGUGGACCGCAUCCGAGCUCAGUACCGAGAGGACUGGAAGUCCAAAGAAAUGAGGAUCCGUCAGAGAGCCGUGGCUCUCUACUUCAUUGACAAGUUGGCUCUGAGAGCUGGUAACGAGAAGGAGGAGGGUGAGACAGCUGACACCGUUGGCUGCUGCUCGCUCAGGGUGGAGCACAUGAACAUCUACCCCGAGAAGGACGGCCAGGAGUACGUGGUGGAGUUCGACUUCCUGGGAAAAGAUUCCAUCCGCUACUACAACAAGGUUCCAGUGGAGAAGCGGGUUUUCAAGAACCUUCAGCUGUUUAUGGAGAACAAGCAGCCAGAGGAUGACCUGUUUGACCGCCUUAACACCUCCAUUUUGAACAAGCAUCUUCAGGAGCUGAUGGAUGGCUUGACGGCUAAAGUGUUCCGUACCUACAACGCCUCCAUCACCCUGCAGCAGCAGCUCAAUGAGCUGACUAGUCCCGACGAGAACCUCGUUGCCAAGAUCCUCUCCUACAACCGCGCCAACAGAGCUGUAGCCAUCCUGUGCAACCACCAGAGGGCGCCACCCAAAACCUUUGAGAAGUCCAUGCAGAAUCUGCAGACUAAGAUCGAUGCUAAGAAGGACCAGCUUUCCGAUGCAAAGCGAGAGUUGAAGAGCUCCAAGGCGGACGCCAAAGUAAGGAGGGACGAGAAGGCCAAGAAGACUGUGGAGGUCAAGAAGAAGGCAGUGCAGAGGAUAGAGGAGCAGCUGAUGAAGCUGGAGGUGCAGGCCACCGACCGCGAGGAGAACAAGCAGAUCGCCCUCGGCACCUCCAAGCUCAACUAUCUUGACCCGCGCAUCUCUGUAGCCUGGUGCAAGAAGUGGAGCAUUCCUAUUGAGAAGAUCUACAACAAAACUCAGCGAGAGAAAUUUGCCUGGGCUAUCGAUAUGGCUGAAGAUGACUAUGAAUUUUAGAAAGCCUGCUUUGUGGUUUUAAUUUUUUGUUUUUAUGGUUUCAUCUGUAUCCUCCCCCCCACCCCCACCCCCUCUUUUUCUUUGAAAUGCCUUUUUAGCGCAAGUGGUUUCUGCAGGUGCUCGUAGCUGUUAUAAAAAAAAAAGAGUAUUGAGUGAAAUGAGCUAAUGACUUUGUACAAAAAUGAAAAAAAAAAAAAAGGAGGAAUAGAGGAAGGCCAGUGGAGGGGGUGAGAGGAGGGGAAGGUUUGGGAAUUGGUGGGACCAGAGUGGUUAGCCAGUGGACUAGUGGACUGGAUGGGGGGGUCUCUAUGUAGUGUGUGUGUGUGUACUGCAAUCAUGUCCUACCUGUACUUUCCACCUCAGGGUCCCCAAGUCCUCCUGCUCCCGGGUCGUAGGGUCUGGGGUCCAGGCGUUGGUCAGCUUCCGUCAGCUUCUCUGGCUCUCCCACGGUCUCACUCCCCACCCCCCCAGUCUGGGCCACCAGGGCCUGUAAAGGAGUGGCUGAGUACCACCACUCCUAUAGCUACUGUAUUCAAUAUCCAACUGCUUUGUGUAUCAUUUGGAGAGAAAAAAACAAAAAACAAACAAAUGUUUUGUCUGUAUUUUUACCCCUUCUGUAUAAUUAAUUCUAUAUUUUAAUAGAAGAAAAAAAAAAAGAUGAUUUAAAAAAAAAAAGAAAGAAAAAAGAACAAUGAUUUCCAUAAGUGGACCCAUGGCCUUUUCUUAGGAAAUGAAAUGUGUACUCCACUUUGAGUUUUUAUGAUGUUGAAACGGAAGGCAUUGGGUGUUAAAUAGGCUACCUUAAGAAGGUGUGUGUGUGUGUGUGUGUGUGUGUGUUCUGAUGGAGGAAUGAAGUGAAACAUGAGGUAGAUGAACUGGACAGGACCGAGUCAAGCCCAUACUACACUUGGAGGCUUGCAAGAGCAAUGGGGAAAUGCUACACGUUAGACAAUAUUUACAUAUGCAGGCAGAAUGUGAAAUCUUUUUUUUUCUUUGUUUUUGUUAACAUUUUACAGUUUCUAUCAGGGACUUUUCAAUGUAAAUGUGAACCAAUAUAUCUCCCUAUGCAUUGCCACAAAAACCUAUGGUUCUUUCUGCAUAGCUCUUGAGUCUCCAUCUGGUUUUAACUUAAUCAUUUCUGAUGACUGUUUCCAAGAGGAAUUUAAAGAAAACUCCCUUAUCUGUUACUUGAAAUCAUUUAUUUUAAUGUAUUGUUUUGGAGGUAGUUCAGUGGAAGAUUUUGUUGUUUUUAAUUUUUGUUUUCCCUCUUCCAAAAUGGUAUGUGAGGGAUAUCAACUUUGCCAAAAAAUAGUCUGUGUUACAGCUGUAGGCAGUUUUAUUUUUUUUUAAUUGUGUAAAGAAUGAGAACAUAACAUAUUUUAACAUGAAUUGUAAUGUGAAUUCUUCAUGACGUUUUAUUCCAUUCUGUUUUCAUUUUGGAUGCAGAGCGAGAGGGCGAGGAAGUGAUUUGAGAGGAGUGUGCGCACAGGCAGAUUCUUAUCCUUCCUCCUUUGCCCGUGUAUCAGUUCUCUCAUAAUCUCCAAUCAUGUUGCAUUUUAUUCGUUUUGUUUCAUUUUUUCCUCAUUGUAGGUUAUUUAAGAAUAAAAUCCCUACAAUUCA